AUGCCCGAGUGCACCAAGCUCUCGUGGUGCAAAAUGAGGACGAGGAGCCUGGUACCGUCGUUUGAGGCCCAGCAUCCGAACCACCAGCGACGCUCACAAGUUAAUAGACGGUCUUCAAGCUGUGACGACGAGGCGGGAACUGGCGACGACGAUGGCGCUUCGAGCGCCUCGUCGGACAACGGCGCGGCGGACGACUCAGUCAUGCUGGAUGGCGCAGUGGGAGGGACAGCGGAGGACCCGGCAAACAGGGUGGCAUACCCAGGAGACUGCAUCAUCGGCACGGUACUCAAUACAAAGUACCAAGAGGAAUGCUGGGCUCUUGAGCCCCACAACGCAUCUCCCGACCGCAUCGUCCCUGGCCGCGACUACGGCUCUGAGAAUUGCCACGUCCUCGGCGUGGCAUGCAACAUCAUCAAGGCCGAGUACCCCCUGCCCGUCGCUCGCCGGCUCGUCUCGCGCUUCGAUCUCUCGUGGCGGCGUCAAGACCGCAGCGCCCUCUUCGUUCCCUCGAUCAACUCGGCAGGAAGGACGAUCCGCACGCCGCCCAUCAACGCUCACGAGCACGGCAUGAUGCUCAAGCUGUCGGAGACGCGCUGGAGGUCGCUCAGGCAGGGAGCGGCGAAGCGUGGGCUGGACUUUGCCAUCACCGUGAUGGACCUAUACCAGCUCCUCAAGUCUCGUCGCGUGGGGCCGGGCCUGUUCAUGUGCGAGGACGGCUGCGUGGUUCCGAUGCCAAUGGCCUCGCAAUUGGAGCGCCAGGACGUGGAGGUGGUGGAGAGGAUGGGGCAGGAAGCUCUUGCGCUGGGCACCAAGCUGCCCUACGAGGACUGGCUGGGUGGAGAGGUGGACUGGGCUGCGCUGGAGGCAGAGGACGAGGGGGGAGAAGACAGCGGAGGCGAGGGAGAUGAGUUUGGGGCAGAGGUGGAAGAAGAGGACGAUCAGGAGGCGGAUGCGUUUUCGCCUACAUCGACAGAGGGGCACCCAAGCUCACUGGCGCUGCAGCAAGGCGACAUUCGCUUGGAGCCCUCUUUGAUCGUUGCUCUCCUGCGGCCCCCUCCUGCUGCACUCAUGAGGCAGACUCCUCGGCGUAGGAGGGAGAUGACAUCGAGGUGUGUGGGUUCUGGGAUAGGGGCGGCUCCGGGCGAUGACCUCGUAACGACGAUGGAGGUUGAGGGCGACGGAGCCUGCCAAUUUCGAGCGAUCGCGCUCGGAUACACCACGAAGGUGCUCGCUCUGGGCGUCAAGAUCGGUAUAGACUGGUGA